GUGAAGUUGUCCUCGUCAGUCUGGUCCAGACCGCGGUGAGGGGAGCGUGUGUCACCUCCACGCUCUGCACCCCCUCUACCCCACACCCUUACCCCUCUGGACCCCACUACAAGACCCCUGGACCCCACGCUGGACUGAACCGCCACAAGUGGACCACCAGACGACGCCCCGGACACCGCCGGUCCACCGACCAUGGCUCGUCUCACAUUUACUAAUUGUCUUGUGGCCAGUCUUGUCCUUCACGUGGCUUCGUGUACCAUCCAAAGUCCAAAAGGCAAAGCAGACUGUGCCCGGGCGUGCAACACGUACGCCAAGGACAAAGAUAAGCAUGAGGCUUGUCUGUCCGGUUGUCUCAACUUCUACAAAUGCCUUUACCUCGAAAAAGAUGAUAGGGAAAAUAUAGAUUACGUUAAUGAUGUUUGUUUAAGGAACUGCAAAUAUGGAUGUGACAGGCAUUAUGACAUGCUCUCGUCCCAGAUGUGGGCAUGCAGGGUUGGAUGUACAUCUCUUGAACGACUCAGCUCUAGUGGGAUAUUUGCUGCGCAAGACUACAUAAUGCCUGAAAUUCUGAGUGAUACCCCUGAUAUAAAAGACUUGAAGAAUCCAGUUGGAGUUGUUCAAGAAACCACUCAAAACGUAUCACUUGAACUUGGAGGAGUUGUUACAACUGAUACGAAGUUAAGCACUUUAUUAACUCCUGUGCAGAUAGAUAAAGAUAAGACAACUAGUGAAAAGAAUACACAGGAAAAAAAAAAUAUAGCAAUUGAUGUUCAAGGACUUAUUGGAAACGUAUCGACAUCUCAUGAAACUAUUACAGAUUUUGGAGAAGAAGGUAUCACAGUACCUGAAGAGAAACACAGAGAAGAAGCAGAAAACAUCUCUCUCGCUAUUCUAGGUUCAAUUAAUAGAACAGGUUACGGUACAGAAGUUGUUACCAAACUGCGGACUGGCGAAGGGGCAACUCUGCCUGAAGUUGAAAAGGUUGAAAAAGAAAUACCCAAAAUCACUGGAAGGCCCGAGGCCAAAUUAAAACCAGAAGUGCCUAAACCUGCAGAAAAGGGUGUGGGGAAAGCUGGAAAAAAGGGUAAGGGGAAAGGAAAAGUUGGAGUACCGGGGGCGGAAAAAGUUGGAGAGUUGGGGGGGCCAAAAGCUGAAGAGAAGGUUGAAGAAAAAGCUGGAGCAAAAGGUAAGGGGAAGAAAAUAGGUGGAAAGAAAGGAGCUGGAGCUGGAAAGGGAGCUGGUGCUGGAAAGAAAGGAGCUGGUGCUGGAAAGAAAGGAGCAGGAGCUGGAAAGAAAGGAGCUGGAGCUGGAAAGAAAGGAGCUGGAAAGAAAGGAGCUGGAGCUGGAAAGAAAGGAGCUGGAGCUGGAAAGAAAGGAGCGGGAAAGGGAGCUGGUGCUGGAAAGAAAGGAGCUGGAGCUGGAAAGAAAGGAGCUGGAGCUGGAAAGAAAGGAGCUGGAGCUGGAAAGAAAGGAGCGGGAAAGGGAGCUGGUGCUGGAAAGAAAGGAGCUGGAGCUGGAAAGAAAGGAAAGGGGAAGAAAGCUGGAGCUGCGGGACCUGCACCAGCGGGACCUGGAGCUGCGGGACCUGCACCAGCAGGACCUGGAGCUGCGGGACCUGGAGCUGCGGGACCUGGAGCUGCGGGACCUGGAGCUGCGGGACCCGCACCAGCGGGACCUGGAGCUGCGGGACCACUACCAGUUUAAAACCACCAUAGUAAGAAAGAAGGGAAGACAGAGAGCAGUAACGAAACAACGAUUGUGGGGUCUUGAAAAUCUAGGCACAAGUUUACACAGUUAAAAUUAUUUAAGAUCA